AUAAAAAAGAAGAAGAAAAACCAUAUACACAUAUCUCUCCUUGAGUAGGCAAGAGAUAUGUCAGUGUAAACGCCCGGAUAAAUACAAGACCGAUUAAGAUCAACGAUGAUGAUUAGCGCAACAGCGUGGACCUCAGGUCCCUCGAAUAACCCCCAACCGUUGUAAAUAUUUUUUUUUUUUUUAUUCGAUGCACGAGUAAGGUGCGCUGCUGCUGUUGCUGUACCUUGCUGUUGCUAAGUCUACCCUGUUUUAGCAUCUUCUUAAUCCCGUCGACGAGUGCGACGCAGAAGAUUGAGCGAUGGAUCAGGCUAAAAACAGGCCAAGUAGAGCUCGUUUUCGUUCAGCGAGUAAUUCCGCUCGAAUUUUAGUCUUUGAUCAACCUGAAACAUCGGAGUCUAAGGCUAAAAGCGAGAUGGAAGGAUCGGGGAAUCUCAGUCUGGCCAAAAUGGAAUGCAAGGAGGCUCCUGUGCAACCAGCUGCUGGUGAGAUUUCCAAUUUGGUACGGAUGCGAAAUUCUGCGAUAGGGAAGUCAGCGCCGUCCCUUUCCAUUCACAUGCGUGACUUCAACAUCCCACGGCGAGCAGCAAAGGCGGCUCAUCGAAAAUCAUUCAUUGCCACUACUUCUCCAACCCUGCCGCGUUGUCAGUCCCCAAUUUGCGGCAGUCCCCUAGAGAGUCCUAGGAUGUCAUCCAGUCCACAUUUUCCUUUUGCACCAAUUAAAAGAAUCAGCGCAAGCAGCACAGCAGUGGCCGAUGGCAGGCGAUGGUCUGUCGCCAGUCUACCUUCGAGCGGUUACGGGACGACUCCAGGCUCCAGUAAUGUGUCUUCCCAGUGUUCGAGCCAAGAGCGCCUUCACCAGCUACCCAAUAUACCGACCAAAGACGAACUCCGCAUGCUGUCUUGUCACUUUUCAAAACCAGGUACACCUUGCGGCUCGCACCCAGGCUUUCCUGGAUCAAGCAUAUCCAGUAUUCCGGGAUCUAUAUCUCUUAGCAUGGAAGAGGAGGGUCGGAGGUCGCCGAUGUAUCGUCCAAGGUCCAGAAGCUUGAGUAGCCCGAGUCGAUCUCCCGUUUUGGAUAGCGAAAUAGUGAUGAUGAACACCUUAUACAAGGAACGAUUCCCCAAAGCAACGCAACAAAUGGAGGAAAGAUUGACUAAUUUUAUUAACGAAAAUCGUGAAAUAGACGAGUACGAACUGGUUACGCAGAUAGCACCGGAUUCCUUGCCUAUACUGAGAUUCGUUCAUCAUCAAGUGAUAGAAAUGGCUCGUGACUGUUUACAAAAAUCUCAAGAAAAAUUAAUCACCUCUAGAUACUUUUAUGAGAUGAGCGAAAAUUUAGAAAUAUUGUUGAUGGAGACGAAAGAAAAAUCUUUGGAAGCAGCAGCUAGACUAACAGGACUGAUUAAAAAAUUGUUACUAGUAAUCUCAAGACCGGCGCGACUCUUAGAAUGUCUCGAGUUUGAUCCGGAAGAAUUUUAUCACCUUUUGGAGCAAGCGGAAGGCCAAGCUAGGAUAAAUAUUGGAAUCAAAGCCGAUAUUCCUCAGUACAUAAUUAACAAAUUGUCACUUAAUCGUGACCCGAUCUCAGAGUUACAGGAAGAUUUGAAUAAACUCGAAGACUCGGCGUCGUCUAGCGAGAACAAUUUACUAUUAGCUUCGUCUAGCCCAGGUAAAGAAGACGAAACACGAUCUCAGCGUGUGCCAUGCGAAAGCGAUUACGAAGUGUUGAAACUGAUAAGCAACGGAGCUUACGGAGCUGUCUAUUUGGUGAAGGAGAAAAUAACGAGGCAACGCUUUGCGAUGAAAAAAAUAAACAAAAACAAUUUAAUGCUAAGGAAUCAAGUGGAACAAGUAUUUGCCGAACGUGACAUCAUGAGUUUCACUGACAAUCCUUUUGUCGUUUCGAUGUAUUGUAGUUUUGAAACAAAGAAACACUUGUGCCUCGUAAUGGAAUACGUUGAGGGAGGUGACUGCGCGAAUCUCUUGAAAAAUAUCGGACCCUUACCACCGGAUAUGGCUAGAUUUUAUUUUGCUGAAACUGUUUUAGCUGUCGAAUAUUUGCACAACUACGGUAUCGUUCAUCGGGAUUUAAAACCUGACAAUUUACUCAUCACCGCUCUGGGUCACAUAAAACUGACAGACUUUGGCCUCAGCAAGAUGGGUCUCAUGUCUCUGGCGACGAAUCUGUACGAAGGCUACGUGGACAGAGAUACUCGACAGUUCUCUGAUAAACAGGUAUUCGGAACCCCCGAAUAUAUAGCUCCCGAAGUGAUCCUUCGGCAAGGUUACGGAAAGCCCGUUGACUGGUGGUCAAUGGGUAUAAUACUCUAUGAGUUUUUGAUCGGCUGUGUUCCAUUUUUCGGAGAUACACCUGAAGAAUUAUUCGCCCAUACGGUCAAUGACGAUAUCGAGUGGCCUGAUAAUGACGACUGGCCGGUACAACCGGAAGCAAAGGAUAUAAUAACUGUACUCUUGCAACAAAGCCCUAGGGAUCGCCUGGGAACGGCGGGGUCUCACGAAGUUAAGGAACAUCCGUACUUCUGUGGCGUCGACUGGAACAGUCUUUUGAGACACAAGGCUGAGUUUGUUCCUCAGUUAACAAACGACGAGGACACAAGUUACUUUGACUCUCGAAUGGACCGCUACAAUCACGAUUUAGGUGAUGAUACGGACGAUACUGACGACUCUCCUCUCUUUGGCUCGUUUUCAUCAUACUCGCCGCAAUCGCGCAAAAUAUCUCAGACUAGGCCGCAGUUGUUUAACACGUCCGAGCCCGAAUUGGACUUUUCUAGAAAGCAAUUAUUCCGCUGCGAGUCCGACACCUCGGACGCUCAACUAUCUCCUGGCUUUGUGCAAAACGUCGCUUCUGUAGCGCAGAAGUCCCUGCAAAAGAAUAUGCUGCUUGAUAAGAAUCAGUCACAGACUAAGAACAACUCGUUUUACGAGUCUCCAGAUAAAACUGCAGACAAGUCUGAUUCGAAUAGUACUGGUUCUACGAUAUCUGCCACGUUCAGUAGAGACACGCAAUCAACAAGCGCUACUAAAAAUAGCAGCCUUGAUGCACUUUCAGUCAGUUUGAGUACUCCAGAUUCAUCUCAAACCGAAUCUGAUGACGUCAGUCCGCAGAUUCAGAGGAAACGCCAUUCACACACACGCGACAAGCUGCCCAGGUUCAGUAUAUCCAUUGACGACGAACACAUAUUGGAUCUAGCGGCUGCUAACAGAGACGCAUCGGAUGACAAGCACAAUUCCAGCACAGAUUCGUUCGAAUCGUUCGCAAUGCCUUUGCUACCCUUGACAAAACACAGAUCCAGAUCGGUUAUAAAAUCUGCAUCAACCAGCGGUCUGUCUCUGGUCAUACCGACGAACGACUUACCAUUAACUCAGCCGAUCGAAUCUCCUGGCGGUUCGUCUACCGCCUCCUCUCGGGAUACUUCGCCCUGUAGGGAACUCAGCCCUCUGGUAACCAGUCUCAAACCUCCAACCAUUAUCAGGCGGGGUCCUUGCGGUUUCGGUUUCACCGUUCACACCAUACGCGUUUAUUAUGGUGACAGCGAUUUUUACACCAUGCAUCAUUUGGUCAUGGCGGUCAAUCAAUCUAGUCCAGCAUUUGAGGCGGGACUUAGACCCGGAGACUUGAUAACUCACAUAAACGGCGAAGCCAUUCAGGGACUUUAUCACACGCAAGUUUUGCAGCUAAUGCUGAGCGGAGGGGACCACGUAACUUUGCGAAGUACACCGCUGGAAAAUACGAGCAUUAAAAGCGGAGGUAGAAAGCGUGAGUUGGCGCAGAGUAAAAUGGCAAAAAAAUCGCUUCACCGUCAGAGAAAACAGAAGCGCGAUCAUUCGGACAAAAAACGAAAGACGUCGCUGUUUAGAAGAAUCAGUUCUAAACGAGCCAGUGUCGAGAUGCAGCAGCCGUUAAGUAUCAGUUGUCCUUUGUCGGCACCAAUCCUUCCCAGUGACAGCAAACCUCCACUUAUGAUGGCUGCGGGAAUCUGUUCUCCGUCGAUGGUCACUCCGAGUCGUUCGUUCCAGUCGUUUACUCGCUCUCUACCGCCUCAGGAAUCGGCACCGUUUUUCAACGCCUGUACCAAGUCGGUCUGCAGUCCCUCACCUCCGAUAAAUCGAUCCAGUUCGGAAUCUUACCACUCGACGACCACCUCGAGCCCAUGCUCAAGCCCCAGCUCUUCGUCGCCCAGUACAAACCCCCCUAUAGGGAACAUUUCGAGUAUCGCUAAUCAGUCCCAUUAUCAGAGGCCGAGUACGCUGCAUGGACUGAAGCACAAGCUUCACACUGCUGCGAAAAAUAUUCAUUCUCCAAACAGAAGGAAAUCCGUCGGUCACAUACCCCUUUCACCUUUGGCCAGGACACCCAGUCCAUCGCCGAUCCCUGCCAGCCCAACGAGGAGCCCGAGUCCUCUGGCUUUUCCCACUGGGCAUCAACCGGGAAGUUCCAAUACGACGCAAUCCUACAGUCCAGGAGUUUCUCUGUCGACACCAAGCGGACAGAAGAAAGGUUUUGGUCGGCCAAAAUCGGCAGAACCGGGAUCACCGCUGUUGAGACGGGCGCUGAGUCCGGAUCGCUUGCAUCCUCGUUCGGCAGAGAGUAAAACUUCCAUAUCGCCGUUGGCAAACACUGUGCUGAAAGUGAUACCACGCGUAACAAUUGCCCAGACGUCAAUGACUGACACUGCGAAUGAGGCAAGUAUCGCCCAUUUAAAAGAGAGCGUCGAUUCAAAGGUGGAGAAAAAAUUGAUCGACCAAAAAACCACCACGGAAUACCCCAAGCUGACUCAUGGUAUAUCGAUAAACAUAGCGAACGUUGGAAUACAGAACAGCACUCAGCUGCCCCGGAUAGCCGAAGAAAAGGACUCGCCGACUGGAAGCAGGAGUGAUGACUACUCGUCGAAGAGCAUUGGGAAGCUCGAGCAAGCCAGCGAUACAUCAAAGCCAAGUGAUUCCGUGGAAUCCAAAAAGGACUUGAAGGAUUCUUCCUUUGUUAUGACGAGAAAAGGCGUUCUCAACGCCGUCGAAAGGCUGCAAUCCGCCUCGGAAGAGGCUGCAGCCGAACGUCCUGAGGCAGCUUCGUUUCGUAAUAGAAAGCCUGAUGGCAUAGUUUCCCAGAGGAAAUACAGUGUCGCCGAAUCGAAAUUCUGCAGUAAAAACUGGUUGGGUUCAGUCGCCGAAAAAGAUCCGCCCAAACCUGCAAAACCUCCAGAGCCGUUACCCCUCAAGCAAAUGUCUACGCUUAUGCAGAGGAAAGCGAGUGUCUUCGAUCUCAAGAUGUCGGAUAAAAAUUUGAACGACUCGAGCACGGAAGGCAAGAAGAUUUUGAAGAGAUACAAAGUCGAUUCUGACACUGCCAGCUCGAGCCAGGAAAAAAACACUACCGGUGACAACAAGAAAAAUAAUUAGACCAGAGUUUCGACUGACUUUAUCACCGAUUUUGUCGAUCUAUAUUUUUUCCAUUUUCUUUUCCGUCGAUAACGCAUCAGUUUAGAUAAUAAAAUUUACGGUCUGUUCAUCGAUUGGUAUACGGACCUCUUGAUUGUAAUGUGAAAUGUUUUUCAACGGAUUAUUAUCCCCAAGUGAAUUCUAACAAAAGUUUGCCUCUGA